AUGACCUACAUCUUUAUUUACGUCGGACUGGCGUCGGUGCAGUUUGUGGUGAUGGCAAUCGCUACCCAAUUGCUUUCAGUCGGCAUUAUCCGUACGGCUCGCAAAAUACACAGUGAGGCCUUUGAAAAGAUCAUCCAUGCACCUCUUUCCUUCUUCGAUACCAACCCUCUUGGUCGUAUCCUCAACAGGUUUAGCAAGGAUGUCGACGCGCUGGACAACAAUCUCUGGAUGACCUUGAACGAUAUUCUAUACACCCUCCUCAUCGUCAUGGGCUCUAUUUCGAUGAUCCUCAUUUUCUUCCCUUCCCUCUCCCUCUUGAUCCUCCCUCUGGCUGGACUCUACUACUUCUUCUCUGGAUACUACCGCUCCACCUCCCGCGAGCUCAAACGACUCGACUCGACCCUCCGUUCCAACCUGUACGCCUACUUCACCGAAAGUCUUACAGGCAUGGCGACCCUGAAAGCCUACAAACGUGUCGACCGUGCGAUCAGGAUCAACCAGGAAAAGAUGGAUUCAAGUAACCGGCCCUAUUACUUGUCUCUUGCUGGAUCGCGAUGGAUUGCAUCCCGGUUGCAGUUGUUGGGUGCCAGUUUGAUGUUUAUGACGGCCGUGUUUGUUGUUGGGGCCCGGAAUACAGUUAAUGCAGCCACUGCUGGGUUAGUGUUCAGUUAUCUUGCCAGGACUGGUGGGGAUAUGAAUUGGGUCGUCCAAUGCUUUGCCACUUUUGAGAACAACAUGAACUCGGCUGAGCGGUUGAUCCACUACAUCAAGAACCUCCCUCAGGAACCGUCGACAGCAACUUCUCCUCACCGUCAGCCACCACUCUCUCCAUUCUGGCCCUCUGAGGGCUCCCUCGAAUUCAAGAAUGUCACUCUCCGCUACCGACCAGACUUGCCACCCGUCCUGCGUGACAUUUCCUUCUCGAUCCAAGCAGGCCACAAAGUCGGCGUUGUCGGUCGCACAGGUGCCGGAAAGUCCUCUCUCAUCCAAGCCCUCUUCCUUCUUUCAGAGUUGGAUGCAGGUAGUCAGAUCGUGCUUGAUGGGGUUGACACUCAGACCAUUGGAACUGCGGAUCUGCGACCACAUAUUGCGAUCAUCCCACAGGACCCUGUCCUGUUCGAGGGCACAUUCCGGUAUAACUUGGAUCCAUUGGGACGACACAAGGAGCAAGAGUUGUGGCAGGUUUUGGAGACGAGUGACUUGAAGUCAUAUGUUCAGGCGCAGGAAGGAGGACUGGAUGCGGUUGUGUCGGCGAAGGGUGAGAACUUGAGCGUUGGACAGCGCCAACUUGUCUGUCUUUCUCGGGCGUUGCUUGCUAAAUGCAAGAUUGUCAUUCUUGAUGAAGCAACGGCAAGUGUAGACAUGGCGACGGAUGUGCUAAUCCAAAGAGCUAUCAGGAGCGAAUUUGCAGACGCGACUGUGAUGACGAUUGCGCACCGGAUCAACACCAUUAUUGACUAUGAUAGGAUCCUUGUCAUGCAUGAUGGGGAGGUCGCAGAGUAUGAUACCCCGCAGGCACUGCUUCAGGAUCCGCAUUCGAUCUUUUCGAGUCUUGUUAAUGAGUCUGGCGUCUUGUCGCGAUAG